AUGGCUUCCAAGAAGCGGGCGCGUAGCGGUCAACAGCUUGCAUACACAGCUGGGGAGUCGGGCGCAUCCUCUGGUGCCACUACAGCAGCAACAGCAUCUCCUCACAGCAGUCCAAUUCCAGGCUCUAAUACACAUGCUGCAGCUGGACCUUCCAAUCCUGCGCAUGCGGCUCAAAGUCAGCCAAAGCCUCGCACAUCAAGUGGCAAGCUGUCCACCUCUGCCGAUCCUUCUUCCUACUGGUCUUGGUGCGCAUCUACCAACGCGUCGGGAGGUCCAUUGGUCAAGACGAACGAAGACUUGGACAUUUGGCAAGAGAGGUUUUGGGAGAGACAGAUGAGGGCUGUGGAGGUGGAGAGCAGCAGCCUGGCCUUGCAGCAAAGACUGCCUCAGGAAGGGGCCGAGAUGGAGGGUGCACCAGUUUUACCGGCUUCUGCUGGGGAUAGAAUUGCAGCAGGACCUUGCUCCUUCAAUCCGGAUGGAUUCAAGCCAGGACCGGGUCAGCUACCCCUGGCCAGGAUCAAAAAAGUGAUGAAGGCGGAUGACGAGAUCAAGGUGAGCAUCUUUCCUAGCUCCUGCCAGAUUUCUUGCACAGCGGCGUAUCCUCCGUCUGCGCUGCCAUGGCUACACAUGAGUGUGCUUGCCUGAGCGCUCGUUGACGACCCCUCAUUGCCCUGUAUGCUCGACAGAUGAUUUCUGCGGAAGCGCCCAUCAUCUUUGCCCGCGCUUGUGAAGGUGGGUCAUUUGGUCGCACUUAAUUUCUGAUGCCGCUCUGCUGACGAAGAAUCUCCUUCCGCUCUUCAUGCUACGCAGUCUUCAUAUCCGAUCUGACCUGCCGAGCAUACCUGGAAGCGACGUCUCAUAAGCGAAGAACGAUUACCCGAUCAGACGUUUCUGCUGCGAUCCGUCGUUCGGACCUUUUUGACUUUCUAAUCGACGUCGCGCCUAGAAGCAGACCCAAAAGUCCCUCAGCAUCGGGCAAUAACGCCACAGCUGAAAUGCCCACGACCGAAGAUUCACACUUGCAUCAAACCCGACCGGAACAAGUUGUUGAAGUUGGUCUCAACGAUAUAAGUUAA